AAUCAUCCUCACACACACACGCACCACACUCCUCACCACCAAAUAGAUUAGAAACACCUUCUUCUUCGUCAAUUCUCUCUUAUUUCUUUCUUUCCAUUUUCUUUCUGUAGAAAAUCGCUAAAUCAAUAAUCAUGCUUCUCAAAACCGCUGUAACCGCUUCUUCUUCCUCGCUUUCUCUCUUCAACUCCGAAAACUCGCGUUUGCUUCCGCUUCUUCACAGAGGAAGUAAACCGAACCGAUUAUCUGUUUCUGCUUCCAAAGGCUCUAGCAAUGACCGUGUUCUAACUGGUGUAUUGUUUGAGCCUUUUGAAGAGGUGAAAAAGGAACUCGAUCUUGUUCCUAUUGUUCCUCAAGAUUCUAUUGCUCGCCAUAAAUUUCAUGCUGAAUCUGAAGCUGCUGUUAACGAACAGAUCAAUGUGGAGUAUAAUGUUUCGUAUGUUUACCAUGCGCUGUAUGCGUAUUUUGAUAGAGAUAAUGUUGCGCUGAGAGGUCUUGCUAAGUUUUUUAAAGAAUCAAGUGAAGAGGAAAGAGAGCAUGCUGAGAAAUUGAUGGAAUAUCAGAAUAAAAGGGGUGGAAAAGUGAAGUUGCAAUCUAUAGUGAUGCCGUUGUCUGAGUUUGAUCAUGCUGAUAAGGGUGAUGCGCUGCACGCAAUGGAACUAGCACUGUCAUUGGAGAAGUUAACAAAUGAAAAACUCCUUAACCUGCACAGCGUUGCCUCAAAGAAUGGUGAUGUGCAGUUGGCAGACUUUGUGGAAAGUCAGUUUUUGGGUGAACAGGUUGAAGCCAUCAAAAAAAUAUCCGAGUAUGUUGCUCAGCUUAGAAGAGUUGGCAAAGGACAUGGUGUUUGGCACUUUGAUCAAGUGUUGCUCAAAGAGGAAGCAGCUGCAGCUUGAUGAUUACAUUUUCCUCCCUUUUUAGUCAUUUGUAUCUAUUCAUAUAGAUGACUACUUUUAAGUCUUUUUGCUAUAACUAGAAAUUAAAACUGAACCGUGGCUACAUAUACUUGGAUUGUUUUUGGUCAUUGAUAAUUUUUCAGUUUGUUUAGUAGCUAA